AUGGUUUCCUUUCUGGACGACACCGCUCGGGCCGCGCUUGAGGCCGAGUCUCAAACUAGAUCCCCGAAAAUAUCGUCAGCAGACUUCAACUAUUCUUUCAGCCAGGACGCAGAAGAUGAAGGGGUGAUCUCGAUAGAAGAGUUCCAGGCGAACCAGCGGCCUGUAAGUACACCUGUUGAGCAGACAUCUUCGUCGGUUGCCGAUUCGUCUCCGGUAGACCACCGAACCCGCGUUCUCUAUCCAGAGUUUAAGCGCAGACAGCGCGACUCGCCUCACUGGACUCAGGGGACACAUGCGGGCGUGACUCUGGAUCAUGUACGUGACUAUCUGACGUGGUUUGGUACGCUCUCUCCAUCAAAUAAGCAUAUUGCAGACACCGCGGUGAACAAAAUACAGAAAUAUUUUGAGAAGAAGAACCAAGAAAAGUCGGGGCAGGAGAGCAUACAGCCGCCUCCAGACAGUCCUACGCCAGAUGACUCGCAUAACGGCAUUGAAUCGAUCAUGGAGACACCUGUCAAACACAAUACUGUGAACGUCACGGCUGCUAAAGCUGAAAAGGCGAAUACUCUUCCUUUGAAGGAAAACAAGGUCCUUCUGAACAAACCUUUGGACGGAAGACGUAUGAUGAGCACUUCGUCCGCAGCAUACGCCAAGCUAGAGCUUUUGACGCAGAAAGAAAGCUUAUUUGCCGACGUGAAGCGAAAGAACGACGCCAACGAAGCGAAACAGCCUGAAGGAAAACGCGUCCAGGCAAUCACGCUGAGCGAGGAGCAAAACCAGGUGAUUGAACUUGCAAGGCAAGGCCACAACUUAUUUUAUACUGGUUCUGCAGGUACCGGUAAGUCUCUUUUGCUUAGGUCAUUGAUUAAGUCACUGAAAAAACAACAUCCACUGGGAAGUGUCGGUGUCACCGCUUCAACAGGGCUUGCCGCUUGUAAUAUAGGAGGCCAAACAUUGCAUUCAUUUACUGGAAUUGGAUUAGGUGAUGCGCCUGCCGAUAAAUUGGUAAAGAAAAUUAAGCGGAACCCUAAAAUGAAGGACAGAUGGAGAGAUCUGGAAGUCUUGAUCAUAGAUGAGGUUUCUAUGAUUGAUGCAUCUUUAUUUGAUAAGCUGGACAUGAUUGCGCGCGAAAUGAGAAAACGGCGAGAUGUUCCAUUUGGAGGGCUUCAGUUGGUUAUUUGUGGAGACUUUUAUCAACUCCCCCCAGUGACUAAGAAUGGCGAACCGGUUUUUGCAUUUGAGUCACAAGCGUGGAAACAAGCGAUCAAGUACACAAUCGUCCUCAAGAAAGUUUUCAGACAACAAUCGGAUCGCGACUUUAUUAACAUGUUGAACGAGGUGCGUAAUGGAAAUGUCUCCGAAGCCACUGCAAGAAAGUUCAGGGCUCUUUCACGUCCUUUGGCUUCCAAAGAAGGUGUGAUCCCUGCAAAGUUGUUUCCCACGCGACGGGAGGUUGACAGAGCCAAUAGUACGAUGUUGAAACAGCUUCCGGGUGCGGAAGUUGUUUUCAGGGCUUUUGAUGGAGGGUCGCUAACCGAUGAAGAUCAGCGGCAGCGACUGUUGUCAAGUUUUCUUGCUCCUGAACGAAUUGCACUGAAGAAGGACGCUCAAGUGAUGCUGAUCAAAAAUAUGGACGAAACUCUAGUUAACGGCUCCUUAGGCAAGAUUGUGGACUUUAUCGACCCCGAUACAUAUUCCCAUUAUCGAUCUAUCAAAAGUGAUAAGAUCGACGUUAAGACAUUAGAGGAAAAGGCCGCCAAUUCGCUGAAUAAGGGCCCUUCAAAGCGAGACGAGAAACAUCUGAUUGAAGAUUCUACCGUUUUGGAGAGCCAGCUGGAUGAGAAUGUUUUUUCGUUUUUGAAAGAGCUCAAGGAAGAACAGCCUGAGGACCUGCCUGAGUCCGCGCAGAAGAACAUAGAGCGCAAGAUAGAACUAUUGAACCAGCUGUACAGCAGUUCUAAAAACAGAAGAAUGCCUCUUGUUCGUUUCAUUCAGGCCGAUGGAACUACCCGUGAGGUGCUGAUUGAGCCGGAAACUUUUAGUCUUGAGGAUGAGUUUGAAAGGCCAAUUGUCUCCCGUACUCAAAUCCCGCUAAUUCUCGCCUGGUCAUUAAGUAUACACAAGUCGCAGGGGCAAACUCUUCCAUUGGUCCAAAUUGACUUGCGGAAUAUUUUUGAGCGCGGCCAGGCCUACGUUGCACUCUCGAGAGCUACUCACAGGAGAGGAUUACAGGUGAGGAAUUUUAAUCCUUCAAGGAUUCUCACUCACGAGAAAGUGGUUGCCUUUUACAAUAGUCUGAUGACCGUGGACGAAAUCAAGGACCGCGAGGAGAGCAAGCGCAAGAAGACUACAGGUUUUGUUUCGAGUACGCAGCUAAACCGAUUGGAGAAUUUGGCCGAUAAUGUUGCGGAUGCGGGCGACUUUGUGAAUGAGAAGGAUAAUGUAAUAGAUGAGUUCGACUCCGUAUGGAGCGGACAGUAA